AUGCGCAUCAACCACGUCGAGAUAAUCGAUUUAACCGACGAAAACAGAGAGCUCCAAGAGAUGACAAUGGCAUCUCACCUUCCCAAAACCCGGAAAAAGAGAACCAUCGUUGACCUUGAUGCUUACGACGUCCAUGAUGAAGUUCGACUCCUUUAUUCAUCACCUUCCUGCAAGAAAACCCGAGUAGAAAUUGGCGAGUCUUCUAACUCCCCUUCCACAGCCGUUAUGUUCAUCUGCGAAAUCUACAUGGAGACUAAACUCUACUCGGAGUCAUUCGCAAUAAUGGGUUGCACUCACUCUUACUGUUCCGAUUGUGUGACCAAGUACGUAUCCUCAAAACUCGACCAAAACAUUACCCAAGUCUGCUGCCCUAUUACGGAUUGCAACAAGGGUGUAUUGGACCCGGAGCACUGCCGUGCGAUUUUACCACCGGAGGUGUUUGAUAAGUGGGGCAGUGCUCUCCGUGAGUCUGCCUUUGUAGCCUCCAAGAAAUUUUAUUGCCCUUAUAAGGAUUGCUCAGCCUUUAUGAUAGACGAUGACGAUGGUGAUGGGGAAGGUGAGGCUAUUGCGCAGGGGAUUGACUGCUCGGAGUUUCAGAAACUGCACGAGGAUGAGAGAGAAAGAGAGGAUAUCAUGUUGAUGAAUCUUGCUAAGAAGAAGAAAUGGCCGAGGUGUCCCCAAUGCAAGGCUUAUAUCCAGAAAAACGGGGGCUGCAACAUCAUUCUUGUUUAUCUAUGUACUACUAUUCUUGUGGAUGCUAAUCUUGCAUGUGGCUGCGGAUAUUCGGAGGAUUCAUUUGUAAACUUGUCUCUCAAGUUCUGUUUUCUAAAUUAUGAAGUCUGCAAAUCUGUUAUUGAAGACAAACACUAG